AUGGAGAGCUUUCAGGUUAACUUUUGUUCCCUUCUGUAACAGUUGGGCUCAGGCCAUGAUCAAGGAAUUGGAGCCCCCUGUCGAAAAUGCAAAGAUAACUGUGAAGGGUUUGAGCUACACUUCUGGAAGAAAACAUGCCGUAAUUGCAAAUGUGGACAAGAAGAGCAUGGCAUAUGCCUGAGUACUGAGGGGACUAGGAAAGUUGGGAGACUCUAUGAAGAUGCAAAGUACACCAACCUAAUCUCCAAGCUGAAAUCAGAGGGAAUUCCCAAGCAGCAAAGUGAUGAAAUGGUAUUAAGCAAUCCAGGGUUUGCAAAAGAGAAUGAUUCCGUUGAUGCUCUUCUGACUCCCUCGGUCCAGAACAAAGCACGCGCCAGGCAACACAGGCAAAUGCUGCCUAAGGAGAAACAGUCAGUGUCAUGUUCAGAGGAGGCACAAUACCGGAAGAAGCAGCUGGCAAAGCAGUUCCCUGCACAUGACCAGGACCCUUCUAAGUGCCUUCAGUUGUCUCCCAAAGAGGUAAAGGAGAUGAGGCAGUUUGUGAAGAAAUACAAGAGUGAGGCUCUGGGAGUGGGUAACGUGAAGCUACCUUCUGAGAUGAAUUUUCAAGGUGAAAAGGUGCCCAACCCUGCUGGAAUAGGAAACACCACAGCAGCAGCUGGUUUCAAGAACAAGUCCACUGAGUCUAAGAAGUCCCAAUAUUCCUGUUACUGCUGCAAACACCCCAUGAAAGAAGGAGAGCCAGCUAUCUAUGCUGAAAGGGCUGGCUACACUAAACUCUGGCAUCCAGCUUGUUUUAUCUGCAGCAUCUGUGGCGAAAUUCUGGUCGACAUGAUAUACUUCUGGAAGAAUGGAAAGCUGUACUGUGGCAGACAUUACUGCGACAGUGAGAAACCACGCUGUGCUGGCUGUGAUGAGCUGAUAUUCAGCAAUGAAUACACCCAAGCAGAAAACAAGAAUUGGCAUCUGAAACACUUCUGCUGCUUAAAGUGCAACAAAGUCUUGGCAGGAAAAAUAUAUGUGAUGGUCAGAUCCAAGCCUGUGUGCAAGCCCUGCUACAUGAAGUACCAUGCUGUGGUGUGUCAAGGAUGCCACAAUGCCAUCAACCCAGAAGAGCAGAGAGUAACCUACAAAAAAUUCAGCUGGCAUGCAUCCACAGCAUGCUUCCUAUGCUCCUGCUGCAGCAAGUGUCUUAUCGGGCAGAAGUUCAUGCCUGUCGAAGGAAUGGUUUUUUGUUCCAUGGAGUGCAAGAACAUGAUGUCUUAG